CGGAGAGGGGGGGGGGAAAGUGGCGUUAGCUCUGUACGUCAAUCGGGAAUUCCCGCACCUGUGGCUAUAAAACCUCGCGUGCACUCGUGUAAAGUUUCAUUUCUCGAGAAACCUUGAGCUCCUGUAAGUGUGCACACUUCGUGGGACCGUGACAUUCCUUGUGCCGCCAAAACCAGAACCGCACGGUAGUUGUAGCCACCAGCACGCGGACUGCUCCAGUAUUACAAACAAACACACCGAGGGAGAAUAAUGGAGGACUUGAAAGGAGGAUCGCUAGUUGCGAGGCUUGCUCGUGGUGGAUGCCUACUUCUUCUGUUGAUCUCAGCUGCGUUUGCUCACCCCGUCAACCUCAGCUCUCCACAACCGCCAACGACAUCACCAGAGGGCGGGAGCCACGUCGUAUUUUUCAUCAACAUGCGGCAACUGAUAGACCGCUUGUCGGGGCUGGCGGAGAUGGCAAGAGACGUACUAGUGUCAAAGUGUCACGAUGACCACGACAGCUCUCAAGCAACUAAGCUGCCAUGCAGCUUGGAGCAGACGUCUCUCCUGGAAGACAUCGAAGGACUGGGACCAGUUCCCUCCCACAAAGUCUUGGAAAAGGAAUAUUCGCGCACAUUUUUAAAGCACUUACUCAAGGAUGCUUAUAGGACUCUCCUCCGCCUCGAGACACUCAGCACAAACGAGGUUUCUGAUGGGGACAGUUCCUUCUCUGUUUUCGCCCAGAAACUGGGUGAAACAAAUGAGCAAUUAAAGGACACGAUCUCAUCCUACCUGCAUGCCCGCUUUGCGGACCACGUGCGGGGCAUGAAAAAGAUGAAGAAAACGUACCUGAGAAAGAAGCACACACGUGAGGAAUACAGACGGCGCCUGCUGUACACGACCUGGGACCUUCUAAACAGGUCAAGGCCGUGCUGCAGUACGCUGUGGACCUGUCGUGGCGCACGCAUGGCGACAGCGUUCCGCCGGCGUAAGACUUCUCACACACAGCAUCGAGAGCUCAAUCGUCUGGCUGACAUCUAAUGACAUAUAUUACACUCGACAUGUCACGAGAUCCAUUUACAGCUUCACUGGCCUUGGAGCGACAGCGCCUCCAACAGCGGCCAUCUUAAAUUCUUCGUGCGGGACCUCUCCGACAACCCCUGUGGAGCCUGGCUACAGAUUGGCUGCUGAUGGCAAUUUACUGAUUCCACUUUUCUUUCGGAAGACGUGGUCGCUGUGAUAUUACACCCGCACCCCGCAACCCCAACCAAACGCUGCUGGAGAUACAGCAAGUGAUGUUUCCGAUGGAUCUCGUCGCAGGAAGUGGUUAUCAGCGGUAGAACUCUUUCUCGGGGAAGAGAAAGAAAUCUUGACCCAGCCAGAUGGCUCCACCCAUCCGGGAACAUUGCUCAAGUCGUCUGCGUGUUUCAGAUAUAGCCAGAACUAUGACCAGAUGUCCGGCGUGGUCACAGUGCGAGGUCAGCACGUUAAAUUCAGCUGUCGUCUGCAUUUCGACAUUUUUGUUCCAACCACGAGCCUGCGUCGUUCUCAGUGUGCAGACAGGUAUCUGGGGCGAUCGGAGACUAGAUAUGUCGUGUUUCUGUUUCCUCCUGAUUUUCUUUUUACCAGAGUGUGUGUGUGCGUGCAGCUCUGUGUGACGGUGAACAAAGGUGCACACGCCUGACAAGUUGCGUGUGAACUGCGAAGACUUCAUUCUGUUGAGCGAAUGCCAAUUUUUUUGUUAUUAAUUUUUUUAUGCGAUCGGUUGCUGACAGCUUUUGCACUGAGUUCGCGCACUGGCAGCUACUACAGCACGCAGUACAGUCGUGUACUUGCCCUGUACAACAAGCAUUUGAUUUGUUACCAGUCUUCCGCCGAAUAUGAGAAACGACGCCUGUCUUCCGCUUGUAACGUCUGAACCACUUAUGUCGUCAACCCUCGACCCUUGCCAUUUUUUUUUCUCAGUCUAGCCAAGGAGACAGCUGAAAAUUCCUCGCUGGGGGGAUGCAUUUAUAGACAACCUCGAUUCCCUGCCUCCUGCGACUAGGUCAGAUCUGAUUACGUGUUAAUUUAUCAUGGCGGGGUCGUGAACUGACUCUCAGUAGAUAGACAGGAGGAGAAAACUGACGACCAGUGUGCACGUGGAGACUGUCGACAUUCUCUCAGUUCACCCCGAACCAAGAAAAUAUGUUUAUGCGCACACAUCACAUUUGAACUGAUCACAGUGCAAGUGCACGCAGGAGCAGCCACACCUGAUAAGACCUUACUUGAGAUUUUUGAUCGGGAGACUAUAAUAAGCUUCGUCAGAGCAAAACACUCUGCCUGUAAAUUUGAAGGCUUUGCUCUUCAUGCUCCCAUCUUCCAAGUUUGUUUUUGUUAAUUUUGUCAUGACAAUAAUUUCUUGUUUCUUCACGUUGACUUUCCAGUUAAAGCCGUAUUGGGGAUAGACAGUGCAAUUCUCUCCCUCCCCAUAUCAAUUCCCUGCGGUCUUUUUAUGUUGCAUUUGGAGAUUUCCAUGCCAGCAUCAACGGCUGUUAUGUUUUGAUGUUUAUACAAAUACAAAAACUUGAGCCACAGGAUCGAAUGUAGGGAAUAAACUGGAUUUCACUCUGACAUUAAUUAGGAGCUCAAACAGAAAGAAAGUCACAACUGUAGCCCCAACCAUUUUACUUGGCUUUAUUACUGGGGAGUAUUAUCGAAAUCCGGGACACACGAUUCAUUGUGUACAUCUGCUGUGUCUCGAACAAGCUCAUAUUCCACGUGUUUCUGUUUGCAUCUUCUGGUAUAUGUUCACUGAAAGUUCACUUGUGUGAAUAGUCGUUACCUGUAACAGCUAACCUCAUGGCGGGCAGCGCUAUAUGUAGCAACCGUCUAAAUGUUUUGAUUUCCCAUGUAACAUGGCAGUGCUCUUGUCGUUUCUUUAAGUGUUUGCAGUAUAAGAUAUUGACUAUUUUGACUAUUUUGUCUCCUGUUUCUUUUCUCUGCCGAAACUGUUGGGUCUGAGGGUGUCGUAUUUCUGCGUUGACAAUGGACCGUGACUAGGGACUGGAGUUACCUCCGAGAUACAUUGCCUCCUCCGAGUUCAUCGCAAUGACUCUAUGGGAGUCCCUGGGGUCCACACAAAUGGGUGGUAACUGUAGACUCCGCGGAUCCCCAAUGAGUGCGCUUUUUUUUUUUUUUUUUUGCCAUUCAGGCUAUGCUUUGGUGCAUGAGGUUUGAGUAUCUACAUUUCUAACUUACAGCUUUAGUUUUAGGUGACUUGACAGCUUAGUGCUGGAGGACAAGAAUGUCGCAAGGACGAGCAGACAAUAGCGUUUUAUAGCGUUUCUCAUGUGACCUUAGCAUUGACGAAAGCAAACUCAGCCACCCACCAACAAAUGUCCCUCAGCCGUGACACCGAUCACCUACAUUUGUGGCCUUGUUACAUAAAUUAUCUUUGACCCGCCGCCACCAAAUGAGACCUGCGCGCAGUACUUUGGUAGCUAAAGCCCAAAAAGGUAAAUAGGGUAAACUUGGUGCAGCUUUAGGAUUUGUGUGUGUGUGUGUGAAAACGAUUUGCUCGGUCAUUGAAUAGGGAUGUACACUGUUGUGUUAAAAUCGAAGUGAGAAAUAGUUUGAAAAUACAUUUUUAAUCAAGGUACCACGGCGAUCAGUCUAUCGGGAACCCGAAUUUAAACGCUGUUUAUUGUUGUCAUUACGCCAUCAUAUUAUACAUACCUGAAAGAUGGGGAGCCUGCAUUUUCAAUCUCUGUAAUCACUGAUUCGAAUAUUAAUUAUUAAGGAGUAACAAGGAAUAAACUAAACUAAGAUGUCUGCCAAAGUUUGUCAGCAAAUGGUCGUUGAUCCCGGCGCUGUCCAAUGGGAUAAUCAAAUACUGAGCUGUCCUUGGUAACGAGAAGAAACGCAUUGAGUGAUUGGUUGACUGGGAGACAACUCGUUGCUUUCGGAGUCGACGCUUUCGAAGUGCUCCGUAAAACGAAACAAUGGCAAAAUAACAUCUUUCUGAUUAAUAGUUUUACUUAAUUCUGUUUAAUCUUCGUCUCAUUCACAUUCAGAACAAUCAAAACUCGGAAGAUAAAUGAGUACAGAAUAUUUCGGGAAAGAUAAUACGACUAGCGACUUAGCAAAUGAAUCUGAGUGUGAGGGGAUCACUUUGCAGAGAACAGCAGAGAUACUCAGGCAUGAAUGUGAACACCGUUCACUGUCAACAUGACGUUUGCCCCAAAUCCUCCCCAAAAAGCCGAGCAUUUUCCUUCGCCACUGAAUAGUGAUUGCUCUGACAAACAUGUUAAUGUACCUCUCGCUUAAUUCAUCUUUUGUGGGGGAGGGACAUGAACUUUAUUUUAGUAUUUUUCUAUGGGUGUGCUUGCUGGUUGGAAUUGAGUAAUAAUUUUCUUCCGCUGCUGUCAUUUUCUAACAGCGCAAGGUACUAAAAACUUGCAAAUAUUCAAUGCUAUGCACAUUUUUUAGGUUUAAAAUGGUGUAGCUUAACGUGUUAUAGCAUUAUGCAAAAUUUAGAACAAUUUAAAUUAUCAGAAGUAUACGUAUCUAAGGAAAAACCUUGUGGAAUUGCGGAAAAAGCUUUAAACCUGACAUCAAACUAAAGGACAAAGCCUGUAGAUUUUAAUAAAUUAAAUUAAAAAGCUCUCAGAUUUCAGAGUUAGGACUCGUUUUGUGGUGGCGGGUUAAUUCUUAUUUAUGGGUAUGUAAACAAACACGCUGCUUAUUUCAGUUACAGUCAGCAAGUGAUUGGGAGGCUAUGUCAUUUCUAACAAGACUGCGACAGACGCUUUUUUAAAUGCCAAAAUAAUAAGACUGUGAUAUUUUUUUUUCAAAGUAUUCCGAUAGUUUUCUGAAUGUAUACUGCAUUGCAAUUCGUGUGUGUGUGUAUUACAAUUUAUUCGAUAUCGCCCUCUAAAUGUGAUAUGCAUUUUCAAUAGGUCAAUGUCCCAAAGUUGUUGUAAGUUCAUCCUUCCAAACCGUAAUAAUACAUGAAUAAUACUGGUACCGUGGUAUCUAACUCUCCUCGACAUUUUGAUAUCGUAGUUUCUCGGUCCGUCGACUCGCCGUUAUGGAACUUAGGACUUCGUCAAAGACUUAAUUCAGGGCUUGGGAAAGUUAGGUUGAUGCAGACGGGGGGUUAAGAGAGAGAGAAAAAAAAGGGAGAUAAAAAGCUAGUUCCCCUCCCUUUUACAACACACAAAAUCACCUGAGAAUUGAUCUCUAGCAACCACUAACCCUUAACCACACUUCCACCAUCAUUCAUUUUUAUGGAUAGUAUUUGCUACUGUGCAUGUUACUUGAAAGUCGAAGGUGAAUAAUAGCAAGAAUUUUAAUGUACGUAUAGCUUGUUCGGGAAGAUAGGGCUGAGAGAGAGAGAUGGGAAGCUGGCUGAAGACGAAGGUUGCUGUCAUCGGGCUGCUGUCAUCAUUGAUGUGAAGACUGGCCGGGUAGAACUGCGAGCAACUCAGGAGUAUUCCAUACACUCCCAGUUCAAUGGCGGCGGUACUCGAGACGGGCUUAUGUUACCUUCUCUGACGCGCUGCUCUCCACUUGCUAGGUGUUCUGCAACCGAUAUGUUCGUUGCCACAGGAACCCACAUUAGGCCACUGAAGUGCACUGACCCCAGCAAUAGUUAAUAAACCCUCGACGUGUAUAGCCGUACCCGACAUCACACGCGAGAACUGGGAUGGGUGUGGGUAUUGACGAUUAUUUGGGGGCGCGGGGGGUUGGGGGUUGGAGAAGAUUGGUGUUCAGCGAUAGAAAUGAAAGAAUAGAGGACGCAGUUAUAGUUCGAGCAGUCGACACCCUUAUUUUAACCGUAACCUUGACCUUAACCCCAAACCCUGUCAUUUCAUGUUGCGGCGUCUCCCUAGUAGUGGCUACUAGCCAUGCUGAUCUCGGCAUUUUCAACAGACUGUCAAGUCCGCCCUCCAUUCUACCCAGUAUCAAAGUUGCCCCAUCCCCUUUUUGAACAUCCGGACUGAGACAAGCCUGUUGUUAAAAGUAGCUGGAUAAGGGUUACCUUUUGACAACUUUACUACCUCCGCAAAUCCAAACGAUUUUAAUUAUCCUCAAUCCAAUUAACUUUUUCUAAUUUUUAGGCUCUCAAACCUUUCUAUUCUACCUUCUGUUUAAGUUUUUAUAACAUCUGACCUUGGGAAAACUCCGUUAUCUGUGCACAGGUGCGUUUGUGUGUGCGUGUGAGAGACAGAAGGUGAAACAGAAUAAAAAUUAGCUGUGUCCUGAUGCAGAGACUCUAACCCAAAGGUAUUUUGUUAUCUGUACUCAAGGCUGCUGUUUACAUCUUGUCACUUGUACUUGUCAGCUCCACUGAGCAAAGGGCGUUUCCGAGAAACAGCGCAAGUAGUUCACUUGAUGUCUCGCUUGAGACACGAGGGCAGAGUGAACAGCUUGGGUGUGAAAACCAAGGCAGGCAAGAAUCGCUCUAGCCACGUGCAGCCACCCCAUUCAAGUGUCAGGCUAGACCACCCGACACAUGCCUAGAAAGGUCAAGGUCGCGAUAGAGCGAGAAGGGUAAGGGAGGGAGGUGAAGACUGCUCGGGUGGUAGUAUUAGAGUAUGUCUGUGUAUGAGAGAAACAUUCGGUUCAUUGUACAGUUUUUAAUUUAUUUUUCAGUUCAAUUGUAUUCUGCAUUUCUUGAGUUUUUGUGCAUAAAAAUCAAUGUGACACACUUA